AAAUUUUCCUUCUCUCUCUCUCUGCUCUCUUUUAGAAUUCUAAACCGUUUUUCAUCAGAAACACAAACAAAAUAAUAGCUAGCUCAAUUAUUAAAAACAUCACAAACUAAUCUAAACAUCUUCUUUGGUCGAACAUAUUUGACAAACUCAACACCCUUUUAUCACCUCACUAUCAAAGACCAGACCACCAUAAAAGACUUAGACAAACAAAACUCUUUCCUUUAGCGCUCUUCUCUCUCUCUAAAACACAAACAAAAACUCCUCACAAACACAACCCAAGAACCCCUUUUUUCACAAAAACAGCCAAAUGGGUCCUGAAUUCAAUCGUUUCCAUCAUCAUCAAGUCCAUCAAAGAAACGCAAUUUUCUUGCCAAUGUUGUGCUCAAGACCCGCCAUCAAAGACGUCCAUGGCCUCCCCAGAUGCGUGGACAGAUCUUCCUCGUCCUCCUCGGACCCUUUGUCGCCCAGAAUCAGUUGCAUCGGCCAAGUCAAACGCAAGAACAGAGUUGUCGGAUUCCCAAACCCCCACAGAUCACUCAACGCUCUCAUUAAGAACACCACGAACAACAACAACGCUAAAAACGACAACCAUAAUAUUCAUAUUGUCAAGUACUCCAAGCUCAAGAAGUUCUUUUCUAGCAAAAACCUCACGCCUAACACAAAUACCCCCGUCGCCGGUAACGGCAGGAGGAGGGUGACGGCGCCGGCGAACGGUGCAAAUGGAAAUGGGUGUUGUGGUUGUAGCUCUAGGGGUGUAUGUAACAGUGAGAAAUGUGUGGUGAGUGUUGUGGAUUUGGACCCUCCUCUGCCGGUGGUGAAAAGGCCCAUUCAGGCCCAAGAAGGAAUGGAGGUUGAGAGUUUGUGGAAGAGGAGAUCUGGUGGGGUGACUUUGAAGGGUUUGCAGCUUCAGCAGAUUCAUCAUCCAAGACAUCAUCAUUAUGAUCAUCUUGAUCAACCCACCACCGUUUGAUUAAGUUUGUGUGGGGAUGAUUAUGAUUCUCAAAUGGGGGAGGUGUUGAAAAUGAAAGGUAGAGUUGUUCUUUUUGUAAAUGUUUUGAUUUUUUUGUAUUUUUUUUUAACAAUUUUGGAAUAUUGUUUGGAUAUUCAAUGUUUCAAGACACUUACAUAUGUAACAUCGACAUCCAUAGUUCUGUUCAUGAUCACGUAAUGAGGAU